AAAGCUGUAAGGAAACGUUAUCGUUAAACGACACCGGAAGUCAGUGUAUCGCACACUGGCGCAGUGACGCGGACUUAACGUCAUGCUAUGGAGCCGCAGAAGGCGGACACCUAAACCCGGACCAUGUCGAGCCGAACCGGGUCCGCGGCGCUGACGCUGCUGGCCGCCCUCUGGGUCGACUCGGUCCUGUUCGGGGCUGCGGGGCCGGGAUGCGACGACGGCAAGCUCUCUUUGCAAAGGGACCUGGGUGCUGCUUACUGGGAAUGUCCAGGCUCCAUAUGGCCGGAGUCCUCUACUCGGAGACUUCCCAGCGUGGACACGGCGGCGCACGAUCCCGCGCCGGCCAGGCAGAUCUGCAUGAACGAAUCGAUCUCCUACAGCCACGCCAUCCCCAGCAGUGGAGCGUACAGACCGGUGGGGGCAGAGAGCGGCGAGUACUUGUACUGUCCCCCUCAGCGGUGGCUCAAUAACCUGCACCACGGCGCCACCGUGCUGCUCUACCACCCCUGCGUCCCCCUGCACGAGCGCCUGCUGCUGUCGGUGCUGGCCCGCUCCUGCCUGCCGCGCCACGUCGUGAGCUCGCACCCGCACCUCCAGGAGCACAUGCCAAUAGCCGUGGUGUCGUGGGGUCGCACCCUGGAGCUGUCCGCCGUGGCGCCUUCGGACAUCUGCGACUGGCUGGAGGCCGCGGCGCCCGCCGCUGGACGACGGCUCGUCGACGAGGGCCGGGGCCGCGGGUACAACCUGCUGCUGACCCGGUCGGCCGAGCGGCACCGGGCAGAGGAGAACUCGGCCGACGUGACGGAGUCUCUGAGACAAUGCUUUGAGCGGAUCACGUCCUCUCCUCUGAAAGGAGGGAUGGAGACAGAGCGGCGGUCCAGCAGAAAGGCGCCGAGCUUCAAGCAAAUGAAAGCGGACGGCAGGCGCCGGUUUUUAAGAGCCGCCGUCGAAGAAAUACCGAGAGACACCGAGACAAACCAGACCCGAAGAACCCCCAUCGGACAGAACAGGACGGGGCCCCCACAGAACGACGACUCGACACCCGGAGCAGGUUCUACAGGAGCUCCCUUUCAGCCCAAGGCCCAAAACGCCAAUCAGAGCCUCACCGCCAACGGGUCGCCACACGUCAACCCCCCCGCUGGGUUGGAUGCCCUCGCAGGGGGUGUGAACGGGGGACAAAACAAGACGGCCAGGCCUGAAGCCCCGGCGGUCAGCCCCGAAGAAGGCGGCGCAGCGUCGGUCCGACAGAGAAGCGGCGCCUCGAGAGCGGACCUCUCCGCUAAAGCCCCCCCAGCCGACAGAACCGGGGCGGACGAGGAAGCAGUGGGUGUCCAAGAGAGGGCGUUGGAAAAGACACGCCCUCAUCCCGGCUCCGACUCCGCCACCGAACCUCAGCGACGACACCAGAACCCGCAGCAGAGGCCCCUCGGGACGGACGAGGCGGCGUGGGCGGCGGCGGCGCUGGGCUUCCUGCUGGUCCUCCUGACCCUGUCGGUGCUGCACACGCGCCUGUACCGCCACUGGAGGACGGCGCCCAGCCUCUACUGGCGCGACCCGCAGCUGGACUACGACAGCGUGGCAGACGUGAUCCGCAGGAGGCUACCGGUACCGACGGGCCACAAGAGGCGGAAACGGAGCAGAAGACCCGAGUGUGUUCUCCUGCCCAGCUCCUCCAGCUCGGAUGAGCACUGCUGAACGAAGGGAGGAGGUCCUCCGCUCACUCCCAAGACGAUGCACCUGAGAAGUGUCCAUAGCGUACAGCAGCUGGUGGGCAUCAGAGCGCCAUCUAGUGGGACGCAACGGUACUGCGGGGGGAAAGCACAUUAUUAAGCUUUUAAAUCUAUAAAUGUCAGCUCAAUAGUUCAUAAAGGAAGAGAGUCUUAGGAUUUCUCAUACAAUCAAAAGGAAGCUUUUUUAAAAAUAUAUGUGUGAAGUAGUGAUCAAAACAUGUACAGAUUAGGACCACAUUGUACAUUAAAAACAGCACUGGUUUGAACACUAGAAGGGCAUCGGGUUUGUUAAAUGCUGUGGCGGGUUGUCGGGUUCGUGUUGUAAUGACAUUCUUUAUUUCUGUGAGCUUGUUGAUGGGAAUAAAUUCUGUGAAACCAAGAGUAGCGGGAUUGUCUUCAUGGAGGAAACAAGAGAGCUCAGUUAAAUACAACAAUGAAUGACCUCCAACGGGAGGAAUGUGUCCGAAUUAUUAAGACAAACGAUGUAGGUCAGUGGAAUACAAAUAAUCAGCAGGAAGUAAAACCAUGGAAUUAAAGCUUUUGACUUAAAAAACAAACAAACAAACAAACAUGAUAUAGCUCUUCUUAGCUGUCCUUAGAGACGCAACGAGACGGAGGCCCCAAACAUCAGAUCCGGCACAAUCACCUUGUUUUACGGUUUUAUUACAAAUGUACAGCUUAUGAGU